CCACAAUCAUUACUUUUACGACAAAACCAUAACAUAACCUCUUUGGCACUUUGGCGUUGUUUUCAAAAGUAGAUUCAAGUCGAUCUGACGUGGACUACAGGAUUCUCUUUGAGUUUAUAACAUUAUAAUUUAAUAAUAUUAUAUCUUCGAAAUAAACUUUUCAAAAUGGAUUUUGGUACAAUGUUUGAUGAUGUGAAACGUAUGAAUAAGAGACAGUUCAUUUAUCAAGUCCUCAGUUUUGGGAUGAUAGUAUCGUCUGCAUUAAUGAUAUGGAAGGGUCUUAUGGUAGUUACCGGCAGUGAGAGUCCCAUAGUAGUGGUGUUGUCUGGAAGUAUGGAGCCUGCUUUCCAUAGAGGAGAUCUCCUGUUCCUCACCAACUAUCCUGAAGAACCCGUCAGGGUGGGCGAAAUUGUUGUCUUCAAAGUGGAAGGAAGAGACAUUCCAAUAGUUCAUCGUGUAUUGAAAUUGCAUGAAAAGAGCAAUGGUACAGUGAAGUUUUUAACCAAAGGUGAUAACAACAGUGUGGAUGAUAGGGGGUUAUAUGCACCUGGUCAGCUAUGGUUGACAAAACAAGAUGUUGUUGGCAGAGCAAGAGGUUUUCUUCCAUAUGUUGGGAUGGUUACAAUUCUGAUGAAUGAAUAUCCUAAAUUCAAGUAUGCUGUACUAGCCUGUUUGGGAAUCUACGUGUUGGUGCAUAGAGAGUAAAUUUGUUCACUUUUUUUUCUAAUAAACAUUCAUUUUCACCCUUUAAAAAAGUUUUAUUUAUUCUAUAAUAAAAUCAAACAUCAUUUGCAU